AUGUUGCAAUCGGAUAAAUUCGAUCCACUCGAGGAAGCAUACGAGGGUGGUAUGCCCUUGACUGGCGACACCUCUGGGUUCGGCGCAUCAUCCUCUAAGGCUCAGUUCUGGGCUGACGCAAUUCCUCAGAAACAGGGUCUGUACGACCCAGAAUACGAAAGAGACGCCUGUGGUGUUGGAUUUGUCGCUAACAUCAAGGGCAAAGCCUCGCACAAAAUUGUCUCUGAUGCUCGUUAUUUGCUGUGCAAUAUGACACAUAGAGGUGCUGUUUCAUCGGGAGGCAACGGUGACGGUGCUGGGAUCCUUGUUGGGAUUCCUCACGAGUUUAUGAAGCGUGAAUUCAAGCUUGAACUUGGUCUCACAGUACCUCCCCAGGGCCAGUACGCCGUAGGUAACUUUUUCUUCAAAAAGGAUGCUGCAGAGACGCUAGAAAAUGAGAAACGUGCAUUCCAGGAAAUAGCUCAAUCUUUAGGCUUAUCUGUCCUUGGGUGGCGUUCUGUUCCCCGGGAUUCAUCUCUUCUAGGCUCUGUUGCACUCUCACGCGAACCCGCUAUUUUACAACCACUUGUGGUUCUCACGGCCGCUCAUAAAGAGGGCCAGACAAUUUCUGAUGAAGAUUUCAAAUCGAAGUAUGAUGUCGAAUUCCAAACCCUUCUAUACAUCCUGCGGAAGAAAGCAUCCUCCGCUAUUGGGAUUCAAAAUUGGUUUUAUGCGUGUUCAUUAAACACUAAAACUAUCGUUUACAAGGGUCAAUUGACUCCCACCCAGGUGUAUCAGUACUACCACGACUUGACGAACGCACAUUUUGAGUCUCACAUGGCUCUAGUCCACUCUCGUUUUUCAACGAACACAUUUCCCUCUUGGGAUAGGGCCCAGCCGCUACGGUGGAUCGCUCACAAUGGUGAAAUUAAUACAUUGCGCGGUAACAAAAAUUGGAUGCGCGCGCGUGAAGGUGUAAUGGCGUCAGAUACUUUCAAAGAAAAACUUGAAAAGUUAUAUCCAAUUAUAGAAGAAGGUGGCUCAGAUUCUGCCGCUCUUGACAACGUCUUGGAGCUUUUGGUCAUCAAUGGGGCGCUUUCGCUGCCCGAGGCAAUCAUGAUGAUGGUUCCAGAAGCUUAUCAUAAGGACAUGGACAGCAACCUGAAAGCUUGGUUUGACUGGGCUGCUUGUUUGAUGGAACCUUGGGAUGGUCCUGCGCUGCUGAACUUUACCGAUGGCCGUUACUGCGGCGCCAUGCUAGAUAGGAAUGGUUUGAGGCCUUGUCGUUACUAUAUUACGUCUGAUGAUCGGGUUAUUUGUGGGUCCGAAGUUGGUGUAAUUCAAGUGGACAACUCGUUGAUUGUUCAAAAGGGUAAACUCAAGCCUGGCGACAUGCUAUUAGUAGACACCGAAGUCGGGGAAAUGGUAGAUACCAAGAAGAUGAAGGCCCAAUUUUCGAAGAAACACGACUUCAAGUCUUGGCUAUCAAAACUCAUCAAAGUUGAUGAUUUACUUGUAAAGACCGAAAAAUAUCUCCCUGGAAACUUCUUGAGUGGCCGUCAUGCUUCCUUGAAAGCCCAACAGGACCCUAGACUUCUAGCUUUGGGCUAUACAUUUGAACAAGUUUCGAUGGUUCUAGUACCUAUGGCUCUUGGUAGCAAAGAAGCUCUUGGAUCCAUGGGUAACGAUGCCCCUUUAGCUUGUCUGAACGAAGACCCUGUUCUGCUAUAUGAUUAUUUCAGACAAUUGUUUGCGCAAGUAACCAACCCACCCAUUGACCCUAUACGUGAGGCCAAUGUUAUGUCUCUGGAGUGCUACGUCGGUCCACAAGGUAAUCUGCUGGAGAUUCAUCCUUCUCAAUGUGAUCGACUACUCUUGGAGUCGCCUAUUUUGCAGUGGAAAGAGUUUGAGGCUAUCAAAAACAUCUCCAAAGUUCAUCCCGCGUGGACCGUUGCCCACAUCGACAUUACUUUCGAAAAAUCACAAGGCUUGCUAGGCUACACUGCUGCUUUAGAUCGGAUCACCCAAGAAGCAUCCGAUGCAAUUGAGGAAGGAAUGCGGAUUUUGAUGAUAUCCGACAAGAACUUGAAUACCGAUCGCGUCCCAUUGUCGUCCUUGAUCGCCGUUGGUGCUAUUCACCAUCACUUGAUCAGAAAUAAGCAACGUUCUCAAGUUGCAUUGAUCUUGGAAACCGGUGAAGCAAGAGAAGUCCACCAUUUCUGUGUGCUUUUGGGCUACGGUUGUGACGGUAUCUUCCCAUAUCUCGCAAUGGAAACAUUAGUUAGGAUGAACCGAGAAGGGUUGGUGCGCAACGUUGACAAUGAAGAAACUUCCAUCGAUGAUGUAACCUUAUUGGAUAAUUACAAACAUGCUGUAGAUGGAGGUAUUUUGAAGGUUAUGUCAAAAAUGGGUAUCUCCACCCUGGCAUCUUACAAAGGUGCCCAAAUUUUCGAAUCUCUGGGCAUUGAUAACACUGUGGUGGAUGUUUGUUUUGCCGGCACGGCAUCCAGAAUACAGGGUGUUACUUUCGAAUACAUCGCUCAGGAUGCGUUUUCAAUGCAUGAACGUGGAUUUCCAAGCAGAAAAACCAUAUCCAAAUCUGUCAAUCUUCCAGAAAGUGGGGAAUAUCAUUGGAGAGACGGUGGGGCUAAACACAUCAACGAUCCAGCUGCUAUCGCUUCUUUACAAGAUUCAGUCAGAAACAAGAAUGAAAAUGCCUGGGAAAUGUACGUGAAAAAAGAAAUGGAAUCUAUAAGAGAGUGUACCUUGAGGGGCCUCUUGGAACUCAACUUCAAGGAUUCAGAACCCAUCCCUCUAGAGCAAGUCGAACCUUGGACGGAGAUAGCCAGAAGGUUUGCAACUGGUGCCAUGUCAUAUGGUUCUAUUUCGAUGGAAGCUCACUCGACCUUGGCGAUUGCUAUGAAUAGGUUGGGUGCUAAGUCAAAUUGCGGUGAGGGUGGUGAAGAUUCUGAGCGUUCCCUUGUACACGCAAAUGGUGACACAAUGAGAUCAGCUAUCAAACAGGUUGCUUCCGCUCGAUUUGGUGUCACCUCUCACUACUUGUCUGAUGCCGAUGAAAUUCAAAUCAAGAUCGCACAAGGUGCUAAGCCUGGUGAGGGUGGUGAAUUACCAGCUCAUAAGGUUUCACCCGAAAUCGCAAAGACGAGACAUUCGACUCCUUACGUGGGUUUGAUUUCUCCUCCCCCUCACCACGAUAUCUAUUCUAUUGAAGAUCUAAAGCAGUUAAUUUAUGAUCUUAAGUGCGCAAACCCUAGAGCUGGAAUUUCGGUCAAACUGGUUUCGGAAGUCGGAGUAGGUAUUGUCGCUUCUGGUGUGGCUAAGGCGAAGGCAGAUCAUAUUUUGGUUUCAGGUCACGAUGGUGGUACCGGUGCAUCUAGAUGGACAGGUAUUAAGUAUGCUGGUUUGCCUUGGGAAUUAGGCUUGGCAGAAACUCAUCAAACGUUGGUCUUAAAUGACUUGAGAAGAAACGUCGUUGUUCAGACAGAUGGUCAACUCAGAACUGGGUUUGAUAUGGCAGUUGCUGUUUUGUUGGGUGCAGAAUCUUUCACCUUGGCUACUGUUCCUUUGAUCGCUAUGGGAUGCAUCAUGUUGAGAAAAUGCCACUUAAACGCUUGCGCUGUGGGUAUUGCUACCCAGGAUCCACUGCUAAGGGAAAAAUUCAAGGGUCAGCCAGAACAUGUCAUCAACUUUUUUUAUUAUCUGAUUCAAGACUUGAGAAAGAUUAUGGCCAAGUUAGGGUUCAGAACGAUUGACGAAAUGGUCGGUCACUCGGAAAAACUCAAAAAGAGAGAGAAUGUCAACACCAAAGCUAUUAACAUUGAUUUAUCUCCUAUUUUGACACCUGCGCACGUCAUUCGUCCCGGUGUCGCAACAAAAUUCACCAAAAAGCAGGACCAUAGACUACACACGCGUCUUGACAACAAGUUGAUCGAUGAGGCCGAAAUUACCCUAGACCGGGGACUCCCUGUUAAUAUCGACGCUUCAAUCAUCAAUACUGACCGUGCUUUUGGUGCCACGUUAUCUUACAGAAUUUCAAAGAAGUUCGGCGAGGAAGGCUUGCCACAGGACACCGUUGUUGUGAACAUCGAAGGUUCAGCUGGUCAAACAUUUGGUGCCUUUUUGGCGUCCGGUGUCACUUUUAUCUUGGAUGGUGAUGCCAAUGACUAUGUCGGAAAAGGACUUUCUGGGGGUAGACUAGUUAUUAGACCCCCACCAGGAUCCAAAUUCAAGAGCGAUGAAAAUGUCAUUGUAGGUAAUACGUGCUUCUACGGGGCUACCUCUGGUACUGCGUUCAUUUCUGGAGUUGCUGGUGAACGGUUUUGCGUGCGUAACUCGGGUGCGACAAUUGUUGUUGAAAGGAUCAAGGGUAACAAUGCUUUUGAGUAUAUGACAGGGGGCAGAGCGGUCGUAUUGUCACAAAUGGAGUCUCUUAACGCAUUCUCUGGUGCUACUGGUGGGAUUGCGUAUUGUCUGACAUCUGAUUACGACGAUUUUGUCGGUAAGAUCAAUUUGGAUAGUAUCGAAUUAGAAAACCUCGUUGACCCCGUUGAGAUUGCUUUUGUCAAGAAUAUAAUUCAAGAGCACUUCAACUACACAAAGUCGGAGCUGGCAGCCAGAAUUUUGGGCAACUUCAAUUAUUACUUGAAAAACUUCGUGAAGGUUAUCCCGACUGAUUACAAGAAGGUUUUGGAGAAAGCUGCGGCUGAGGAGUCGAAAUUGAAAAAGUCCAGCACUGCUAACUUUUUGAAGAAAUUUAGCUCUGCUACUGAUUUGACAUCGGACGCUACCAACGGAGAGGUCGACGGUAUCAGAAAUUCUAGGAAGGGAGCAACCAAGACUGUUAGCCACAAAGCAACAAUUACUGAACCUAAAGUACAAGACUUAGAGGAUUCUAUUCAAGACUCUCGUCAAAUGGAAAAGAACGUGGAGAAGAUUGAGAAAACAAGAGGUUUCAUGCUUUACAAAGUCCGCCAUGAAAAGUACCGUGGAACUUCAUCGCGCACGAAAGAUUGGAAAGAGUUAUCUAGUUGUAUCAGCAAAAAGGAUGCCAAGUAUCAAACUGCCAGAUGCAUGGACUGCGGUGUCCCAUUUUGUACUGCCGAUACAGGUUGCCCAAUUUCCAACGUCAUUCCCAAGUUCAAUGAACUUGUUUUCAAGAAUCAGUGGAAGCUGGCUCUAGACAAACUUUUGGAGACGAACAAUUUCCCUGAAUUCACUGGUAGAGUUUGUCCCGCCCCUUGCCAGGGAUCGUGUACCUUAGGCAUCAUUGAUGAUCCUGUCGGAAUCAAGUCGAUUGAAAGGUUGAUCAUUGACAACGGUUUCAAAGAAGGAUGGAUCAAACCUCAAGUCCCCGAAUUUAAGACUGGGCGUUCAGUCGCAAUAAUCGGAUCCGGACCUGCAGGUUUGGCAUGUGCCGAUCAGUUAAACAGAGCUGGCCACUCAGUUACUGUUUAUGAAAGGGCGGAUCGUUGCGGUGGGUUGCUGAUGUACGGUAUCCCUAACAUGAAACUGGACAAGUCAAUUGUCCAACGUCGUAUCGAUUUGUUAGCGGCUGAAGGCAUUCAGUUUGUGAACAAUGUUGAGAUCGGGAAAGAUAUUUCUGCCGAAGAACUAAGAAACCAAAAUGAUGCCCUGGUGUACGCUAUGGGGUCCACUAUCCCCAGAGAUUUGAGAAUCCCUGGUCGUGAAUUGAAAAACAUUGACUUUGCAAUGUCUCUGUUGACGUCAAACACCAAGUCUCUCUUGAGUAAAGAUCUGGAGACUGUGCGUAAAACAAUCGAAGGCAAAAAGGUCAUUGUCAUCGGCGGUGGUGACACAGGUAAUGACUGUUUAGGUACUUCUGUCAGACAUGGUGCCUCUUCGGUUUUGAACUUUGAAUUGCUACCUCAACCACCAAACGAGCGGUCCAAGGAUAACCCUUGGCCUCAGUGGCCUCGUGUCAUGAGAGUUGACUAUGGGCACGCGGAAGUUAGAGAGCAUUAUGGCAGAGAUCCUCGUGAAUAUUGCAUUUUGUCCAAGGAAUUUGUUGGCAAUGAGGAGGGAGAAGUCAAAGCCAUCAAGACCGUUCGUGUCGAAUGGAAAAAGUCAGAGUCAGGUGUCUGGCAAAUGGUAGAAGUUGCAGGAAGUGAAGAAACCUUUGAGGCCGACAUCGUUCUCCUAUCGAUGGGUUUUGUUGGCCCAGAGAUCGUCGAUGACGCUAACGUCGUAAAGUCCAAGAGAGGUACUAUUGAUACCAUUUCGGAUUCCUCUUACUCUGUCGAUGGCGGUAAAACUUUUGCGGCCGGUGACUGUAGACGUGGCCAAUCGUUGAUCGUGUGGGCCAUACAGGAAGGUAGAAAAUGUGCCACUUCAGUUGAUAGUUUCUUGAUGGGUUCAACCAAUCUUCCUGGAAAUGGUGGUAUCGUUAAGCGUGAUUACAAACUUUUGGAGGAACUAGCUUCCACUGUUGCCGCUUAG